AUGGAUCGACUGGACCAGCCUCUGUCAUCCUCGACCUCGCGCACUUCCGGUGCUGCCAGCCGCAACUCGCCUUACAAUCGCUCAUCAAGAUCCACCUCUACCGCAGACAGUGCAGGCUCAUGGAAGCAUGACCGCGACCAGAACGACGCCGGCUCGCGUCGCGGUCCGCGUGUCGGUCGCGCCCCCAUGUUCUUCCCGCAAGACAAAUCAGAGGUGAAUGAGGUCAAACCCACCGGCAAGCUGACCAUCGAAAAUCUGCAUUGGGAUGUCUCUGAGCAAGACCUCGAGGAUCUCUUUGGAUCUAUUGGCCCCGUCACCAAAGCUUAUAUCAAAUACGACCGCAGCGACCGCUCCACAGGAGUUGCAGUAGUCGUGUUCGAUAACCCCAACCACGCAAUGCAGGCCAAGAACGAGUUCGAUGGCGCAAAGGCCAAAGGCCAGGUCAUCAGCAUUACACAAGAGAUGCGUGCGGAUCGACCCAAAGGUGGUCCGGGCUCGCAACGUUCGCUUCUGUCCCGCUUCGACCUCUCCUCGAGGCUCAAGAACGGCACACAAGCCGACGGAGCAGAUGGGACAAGCAGCUUUGCCGACCGUCUGGGUCCAGUGCGAAACGGAGGCCGUGGUGUACAACGCGAGAACAAUCGGACAGCAGGAGGACAGCAGCCUGCUCGAUCUCGCAAUGCUGCUCCUGCCAAACGUGAAAAGCGCAAACCUGUCACUGCAGCUGAUCUGGAUGCGGAGCUCGAAGCGUUCAUGAACGCUCCUUCCUCGUCCACCGACUCCCGAGCUGCGGGCGAGACUCAACCCAUUCAAGCAACUUCAACCGCUAAUGACGUCGAAAUGUCGUAG